CCGGAAAUGUCGCGUUUCGAUUACGUAGUACCUCUGCGCAUGUGUACACCCUGCGGGGCCGCCCCAGCCGCUGCCGCCCCCCAAUGGUCUCUCUCUAGAUCUUUGCAGUUGGGGGCACCCGCUUCGGUUCUGUGGUUCGGCCGACCCCGCGCGGCAACGACAUGGAGGAAUUCGACUCUGAAGACUUCUCCACCUCGGAGGAGGACGAGGACUACGUGCCGUCGGGUGGAGAGUAUAGUGAAGAUGAUGUAAAUGAAUUAGUGAAGGAAGAUGAAGUGGAUGGUGAAGAGCAGACACAGAAAACCAAAGGGAAAAAAAGAAAGGCUCAGAGCAUUCCGGCCAGGAAGAGAAAACAAGGUGGGCUCUCAUUAGAAGAAGAGGAAGAGGAGGAUGCCAAUGCGGAAUCUGGAGCAAGUAGCAGUGAGGAGGAAGACACAGCUGCAGUACACGAAGAAGGCGUUGGGUCAGAGGAUGCGAGGAAAAAGAAGGAGGAUGAACUAUGGGCCAGCUUCCUCAACGAUGUAGGACCAAAAUCAAAAGUGCCCCCAAGUACACAUGUUAAAAAAGGAGAGGAGACUAAAGAGACGAGUUCAAGUAAAUUGUUGGUCAAAGCAGAAGAGCUAGAGAAAUCUAAAGAAACAGAAAAAGUUAAAAUCACCAAGGUGUUUGAUUUUGCUGGUGAAGAAGUCAGGGUGACUAAGGAAGUGGAUGCUACAUCUAAAGAAGCCAAAUCCUUCUUCAAGCAAAAUGAGAAAGAAAAACCACAGGCUAAUGUCCCUGCAGCUCUGCCGUCACUCCCUGCUGGGUCAGGGUUAAAAAGAUCAAGUGGCAUGAGCAGCCUUUUGGGGAAAAUUGGAGCCAAGAAGCAGAAGAUGAGCACCCUAGAGAAGUCCAAAUUGGACUGGGAGAGCUUCAAGGAGGAAGAGGGCAUUGGUGAAGAACUAGCCAUCCAUAAUCGAGGGAAGGAAGGGUACAUUGAACGGAAAGCUUUUCUAGACCGAGUGGAUCACAGGCAGUUUGAAAUUGAGCGAGAUCUCAGGCUGAGCAAAAUGAAACCCUGAUAUUGUGGGGGAAAAUCAAUAGCGGCUUAAUCCUGUUUACAAUGUGAGCUUUUUGUGCAUCUGUGAAAUGUUUCCGGUGUUUCUCAUCAACUGUUUCCCAGCAAGGUCUUGUUUUCUACUUUGAAUUUCUGUCUUUGUAUCUUGAUCUCAGUGGUUUCAUUCAUUUUACUUUUAAAAGUUUGUUCUUUAAAAAACAAUAAAUAAAUAAAUAGAUACAAGUUGGUCCUAUGAGAGGCUGGCGAAGAUGA